AUGAGAGCCAGGCGGCUGAUCUCCGUGACCCACCUGCCUACGAUCAGCGAGACAGGGGAGAUGCUGUUUUUGGGAGGGAGCCACGCGCAGGCCAAGGAGCCCCUGGCCGGGCUGGAUGAGUACGUUCAGUCCAUUAGCCAGCUGGCCCAGCCAUCCUUGCUGUCCAGCGGGCUCCCAUGUCCUUGCCAGAGCAGCCAGAACAAGCCUCACAAGCCCCAGAGGGCACAGGCAAAAGGCAAUGCAGCGUCACUGCAGGACAUCACAGCCCAGUUCAACCAGCAGCACAGCCCCUUGGGGCUCACCGGCAGCGCUGACCCUCUAGCCUGGCUCUUUGGACUCUCAGAAGCAAAGGAGCAGAGCCCGGGACUGCGGAGAUGA